CAGCACGCCAAACUUUCCCCUUUUUAGAGAGAGAAACAAAACCCCUCAACCAUUUUCUCUCUCUAACCAUAGGGCUUUCUGCUGCCCAAUCCAAUUCUCCAUUUUCUCAAUUCAAUUUCGAAUUUGUUAAUUUUGGGGAUUUUUUUUCCUUCUGAGAUCGGGGGAUGGAGUAUGUGGGCAGACAGGUGAAGAAGAAGUUCAAAGGGCACGGCACGUUUUUGGGUUUGGUAAAGGCGUACGACGCGGAGACUGGUUUUUUGAAGAUCGUGUACGACGACGGAGAUUCCGAGGAAUUGGAGUUGACUGAAGUCUCUUCGCUGUUGAUGCCAGCUGAGCCUCAGCCGUCGGGAUCUCCUGCGGGGAGGCCGGGGCGCAAGCCGAAGAAGCGACGCCGCAUUGGCGUUUCCGGUGACGAUGUGGAGAAUUCAGCUGAUGGGGCGAUUUCUGACGGUUUGGAAGGUAGAGAUGGGGAGUCUGGGGAGUUUGACUUGAAUUUGACUGAGAGAAUAGAUUUGAAUGAUGAUGGCGUUGAUUGUUUGCGUGAUGUUGGUCAUGCGAAUGGCGGGGGGAGUAAGCUGCAUGGGCUAGAUUUGAAUGAGUUGGUGAAUCUAGAGCUGAAUAAGGAAAUUGUUGAAGAUGGCUCCCAAGAGGGAAAGAAAAUGAUUGACUUGAAUCUGGAUGUAAAUGAGGGUUUUGAGAAAUUGAGUGACGAGAGAGAAGGGCGAUGCUUUGACUUGAAUUUGCAGCUAAUGGAGGAUGAGGUGAGGACUUUGGAAGGUUGUGAUGCGAGACUUGGAGAAGGUGACAAUGGUUGUUCUAGAGAAAAUGAGAAAAUGGAGGAAGGGUUGGUGGUGGAGGAUGGUGCAGUUGAAGUGUUAGAGAAUGGAAAUGGAGAUAAUAAGGUGGAUCAUGUAGUUCACAUAGACAAGGAAGAAGAUAGCCAAUUGACGAACCAUGCCAGUGUGGUUGAUAAUGAGAAUGUGGCUCCAUUAAAUGUGCAAGUCAAGAGAAGGGGUAGAAAGAAAAAAAAUGUAUCAAAUAACAUUACUGAAUUGGCUCCACAAUUGGAUACUGAAACAGGGAAUGUGAACUUAGAGCUGGAAAGAAGAGAUGAAACCCCAUUGAAAAAUGUUAGUGGUUUAGUCGAUCAUGAUAAUGAAGUCUCAGAAACAGUAUUGAGCGGGAGAAGAGGUAGGAGAAAAAGAGAGCCACCAAAUAAUGAAGUUACCUUGACAACUCCCGAGACUGGACUGAGAAGGAGCAGCCGCAGAGCAAAAAGAACUGCUUUGUCUGAUCUAGACCAAGUAUUUAAUGAAGCAGAGCUUGUUGGCAUCAAUCAGCAGUUGUCCUCUCCAGCCAUAAGCAACGUGUCUCAAGAUAGGGUUACGGUGGCAGCUCGUGGAAAAAUUUCCAAUGAUGUAGCUCUUCCAGAAAAAGUGAAGCUGCCGCCACCUUCUUGCAACAUGGACUUAGUUGGAGUUUCACUGUUUGAUUUGGUUUCUGUUUAUACGUUUCUGAGAUCAUUUAGUACUUUAUUGUUUCUAAGCCCCUUCAAACUGAACGAUUUUGUAGCCUCUGUUAAAUGUAGUGAUUCAUCAUCAUUGUUCGACUCUAUUCAUGUUUCUCUUCUAAAAACAUUACAAAAACAUUUGGAGACCCUGGCAUCUGAAGGCUUCGAUUCUGCAUCGGAUUGUUUGAGGUCGCUUAAUUGGGAUUUUCUCGACUUGAUUACAUGGCCAAUGUAUGUGGUUGAGUACCUGUUAUUGCACAGUCCUGGCCAUAUUCCUGGUUUAGAUCUUUGUCAACUAAAGUUUUUCCAGAAUGACUAUUACAAACUGCCGAUUUCAGCAAAGGUUAAGAUCCUGCAGCAUCUUUGUGAUGAUGUAAUUGAAACGGAAGCCUUUAAGUUGGAGCUGAACAGAAGGAUUCUGACAACAGAUAGGCAAACAGAUUUGGACCGAAAGAUGAAACUUGAGAGCAGCAGAAAAAGAAAGACCACAGUCGAUGUCGCGAGCACUUCCUGCAUUACAGGAGAAGGGAUUGGCGCUGAGGAUCCUGCAGAUUGGAACAGUGAUGAAUGCUGCCUGUGUAAGAUGGAUGGGGACUUGAUAUGCUGUGAUGGCUGCCCUGCAGCAUUUCAUUCAAGAUGUGUAGGGGUAGUCAGCAGCAUGUUGCCUGAGGGUGAUUGGUAUUGCCCUGAAUGUGUGAUUGAAAGGGAUAAGCCUUGGAUGAAAGUGAGUAAGUCAACUCGAGGGGCAGAACUGCUGGGGUUUGAUCCAUAUGGCCGACUGUACUAUAGCAGCUGUGGUUACCUGUUUGUAGAAAGAAACGAGAAAAAGAAAAACUCCUUAGAUUAUGUGUAAUGUAGUAAUUGGAAUGUAAGUCGUGGAAGUUGUGGUGCCAAAACUGAUUUGGACACUCGGUCUUGCUCUAUUCAGUCAGUCUUUCCUGAAAAAAUCGAAAUGCCAGAUAGGCUUAUGGUACCUUCAGAAUCCAUUAUCAGGAAUGUCAGUUCUAAAAAAACAUCAGAUGAAAAGUCUAUGGUGACUACUUAUUCCAGUAAUGAAGAAAAUCUGAAUUCUGAGCGUGUUACAGCUAUGCUGGAGAUUGGCAACCAUGGACUGAAGAUGGAAAAUCAUUUAGCAAGUUCUGAAGGAUCAGCUGAAGUCUCUCAGACUUCAAUGAAGAUUGAUAACCCAAAGGAAAGUGUGCUGGAGUGUACAAAAACAUGCUUUGAUCCUUCAGAUUGCUGCGAUAUUCCAGAGAAACUUAUCAAUGCUGGUGAUCAUGAUAUGGCAUCUACUUCUUUAAACUUUGAAGAAGGGAAGGGUCUUCGUUCCAAAAGUUAUAGCCUUAAACCCUAUUCCAUGAACUCUAACGUAGAAGUGGGUUACGGGACAAAUUAUGUGAAUUGCUAUGAGUUUGCUCGUACAGCUUCAGAUUAUUACGAAGAGUAUUCUCGUAAAUCAUCAGAUAAGACCUCUGGUGAUGCCCCAAGAUCUAUUGAAGAAGUCUUAUCAGGACAACUGAAGAUUGUAUCAAAUAGAUUUGUUGAAUUUUCUUGGUCAAAUAUUCAAAAUUCUAACAUGUCCUCAAGGAAAGAAAGGUGUGGAUGGUGCGUCUAUUGCCGGGUUCCUGGAGAAGAAAGGGACUGCUUAUUUUUUAUGAAUGAUAGUAUCCCAGCAGUAGAGAAAUUUUCCCAUGAAGUUUUAGGAAUCCCGUCACAAAUGAAUGUGAAGAACCAUCUGAUUAAUAUAAUGUGCCACAUUAUAUGCAUGGAAGAUCAUCUGCAGGGUCUUCUGUUGGGCCCAUGGUUAAAUCCAGACUAUUCCAUGCUUUGGCAUGCCAGUGUUCGUGGAGCAACUGAUAUUGCUUUGUUGAAAAAUUUGCUGCUCCAGCUAGCGUCAAAUUUACAUCAUCUAGCACUAUCUGCUGACUGGAGAAAGCAUGUCGAUUCUGUUGCUACGGUUGGCUCUGCCACUCAUAUUGUCAGCACAUCUGCACGAGCAUCGGCAAAACAUGGAAUUAGCAGGAAAAGAGCGAAGUCUUCUGAUGUGAGCGGACCAUCUUCGAAUGCUGCAACUGGUCUGAGCUUAUUCUGGUGGAGGGGUGGAAGGGGCUCACGCACACUCUUCAGUUGGAAGGUUUUGCCUCACUCUUUGGCUUCCAAAGCUGCCCGACAAGGUGGACGUAAGAAGAUACCUGGCAUACUGUAUCCUGAGAUUGGAGAUUAUGCCAAGAGAACUAAAUAUGAUUCCUGGAGAGCUUCUGUUGAGACCUCAAGAAGCGUGGAACAGCUUGCUCUGCAGGUUAGGGAGCUGGAUGCUAAUAUUCGAUGGGAUGACAUUGGAAAUAAUAAGCUUUUUUCCAAGAUAGAAAUGGACUCUAAAAAACCUGCCAGAUCAUUUAAGAAGGUUAUAAUUCGUAGGAAGUGUUCUGAGGGAGCUGUGGUCAGGUACCUUCUGGACUUCGGCAAAAGAAGGUUCAUUCCUGAUGUUGUUGUCAAACAUGGGUCCAAGCUUGAAGAUUCCUCGAAUGAGAAGAAAAGAUAUUGGCUUGAAGAGUCUCAUGUUCCAUUGCACCUCUUGAAAGCUUUUGAAGAGAAAAGAAUCGCUCGCAAGUCCAAUACUAUGAAGUCUGGAAAACUUAGUGAGAGUAGUAGAGUAAUGAAGAAGCCCUUAAAGGAAAAAGGAUUUUCAUAUCUUUUCUCAAGAGCAGAAAGAGUGGAUUAUUAUCAGUGUGCUCAUUGUGAAAAAGAUGUCCUAAUCAGGGAAGCAGUGAGCUGCCAGCAUUGCAAAGGCUUUUUCCAUAAACGACACGUUCGGAAAUCUGCUGGAUAUAUCACUAAAUGUAAAUAUACUUGCCAUAAAUGCCAUGAUCUAAAGGUUGUGAAAGUUGAUACAAGGAAGGGGAAAUCUGAAUCCACAAAAGUUAAGAAUGCCUCCAAAAGUGUAAAACUGUUACGCUCAGGGAGAGGGAGAAAAAGGGGGAAGGGAAAGCUACUAGUGAAUUCUAUUAACAAAAAAGGCGUUUCUGUCGCUCCCUUACGUCGUUCAGCUAGGAAUGCUGAACGUACUGCAAAAAUUCCAAUGCAGAACAGUAAGUUAAAAAAAAGAAAAAGGGGAAGAAAGCCGAAACCAGAGAAGUAUAAGUCUAUGAAGCCCAAGGCUAUUAGUUGCAAGAAGCAGAGAACGACUGUUACGAGCAGUUAUUGGUUGAAUGGUCUACGACUUUCAAGAAAGCCAGGUGACGAAAGACAUCUCAGGAAUAGGAAGCUUCUUGUCCUUUCAGGUGAGGUGGAUUCCAUCCUCAAUGAGACUAAAUGCAGCCUCUGCCAUGAAGUGGAACAUAAUUCUGAACUGAAUUAUGUGGGUUGUGAAAUUUGUGGAGAUUGGUUUCAUGGAGAUGCUCUGGAUCUUGGAGCUGAAAAAAUUGAAAACCUUAUUGGUUUUAGAUGCCACAUGUGUCUCAAUAAGCCACCUCCUUUUGGCUCUUGUAGUCUAGAUGAAAACAGCAAGCCCGAUUUUAUUCCAGAAAAUAAUGCCAAAACUGAAUGCAAUGAGGGAGGUCCUUAUUGUGUGGCCAACCCGGAGGAUGGAUUAGCCUAUCAAAAGACACAUUUAGAUGAUAAAUCCAUCGAUACACUUGCAACUGUUAAAAUGGAGAAGCAGUUGCAAGGAUCUGUGCCUGAGUCAGACCUAAAAGAUAAAGAUUUAGAGAUGGCUGAGAAGACUUUUUUAGGGAAGGAUCCUACUGAACUUGGUGGAGACAGAGGAGAUGUGUUGAAUACUCUUGAAACUGAAUCUGUUUUCCCAAACUCUGACAUCGUCAAGGAAGCUGAAUGUGAAUCUGUACAGCCUGACCUUGUGGAGAAUGGUGUUGCCAACAAUGAUCAUUCUGAUAUCUGUACCAGAUAGAGCUCAUUCUGACACAGCUAGAGUUGUAUUCAGAAACCAAUUUUUGAUGUCGGUCACUUGGGUAAUAUGCUGUUUGCGGGGAGAGCAAAACUUAGAUUAGAUGUGUUCAUAGUUUACCCUUCACAAGGCAUUGAUUGCUCUAGUAUUAAAGAUGUUAAAAUCUUUUAUGGAACUUGAGAUAUUAGCUGAAAUUCAAAAAUUUAUGGAGAUGAUUUUCUUGAAAUUAGAGCAAAUAUAAUCACAUAAGCUAAUUUUCUCUUCGA